GAUUCUCCAUCGAUCCAACGACUUGAAGGCUAUCAAAAUGGUUUCGGACAAGUUUCCUCUCGUGGGACUGUUUCUUCUGGUCCUCGUCGCCGUGGGCUGCUCUCCGGCCAUGGCAGAUGGACCGGUGUGCCCUACGACUGAAGUUCUCAGCCGAGGUAGCUUUCCCGAGGGAUUUCUCUUCGGGACAGCGACGGCAUCGUACCAGGUUGAAGGGGCUGUAAAUGAAGGAUGCAAAGGUCCAAGCAUGUGGGAUAUCUACUGUCGGAAGCAUCCAGCUAGAUGCAACAAUGAUAACGGCGACGUAGCCGUUGAUUUCUACCAUCGUUACAAGGAAGACGUGCAGUUGAUGAAACGAUUGAACACAAAUGCUUUCAGACUCUCUAUUUCGUGGCCUAGAAUAUUCCCUCAUGGGAGAGAAGUGAAAGGAGUGAGCGCGGCUGGUGUACAGUUCUACCACAACCUUAUCGAUGAGCUCCUCGCAAAUGGAAUAACGCCUCUAGUGACCAUCUUCCACUGGGAUAUUCCCCAAGAUUUAGAGGACGAAUACGGCGGUUUCUUGAGCGAACGCAUAGUGGAAGAUUUCACGGAGUAUUCAAAGUUUUUGUUCAAAGAGUACGGUGGCAAAGUGAAGCACUGGAUGACAUUUAACGAGCCGUGGGUGUACAGUCGUGCCGGUUAUGACAUUGGAAAGAAAGCGCCUGGACGUUGCUCUGACUACGCCCAGGAUAAACACGAAUGCCUCGGAGGGCGGUCCGGACACGAAGCCUACAACGUUAGUCACAAUUUGCUUCUCGCUCACGCCGACGCUGUCCAAGCCUUUAGAAGCUGCGACAAGUGCAAAGGUGGGAAGAUUGGCAUAGCUCACUGCCCCAUUUGGUUUGAGCCUCACGACCUCGAGGACGCACAAGAUGGAGCAUCUAUUGAUAGAGUCCUCUCUUUCAUCAUGGGAUGGCAUCUAGAUCCGACCACACACGGAGACUAUCCGAAGAUAAUGAAGGAUAUAGUCAGAGAUCGAUUGCCCGUAUUCACGGAGGAACAGAAGAAGAAACUGAGAAACUCUGCCGAUUUCGUGGGAGUCAAUUACUAUACUGCUCACUUCUCUAACCAUAGGUACAUCACUGAUCCAACAAAACCAAGUUGGCAGUCCGAUUCACUUGUCGACUUCGAACCCAAGAACCCACAAAACUAUAGCAUUGGUAGCAAGCCUUUUACUGCUGCUAUGGCCGUCUACUCCCGAGGUCUCAGGAAAAUCUUGAAAUACAUAAAGGAUAACUACAACAAUCCAGAAAUUAUAAUCGCCGAAAAUGGGUAUGGAGAGCUUCUUGGAGACCAAGACGGAAACCUAACCGUUGCACUUGCCGACCACAAUAGGAAAUACUAUCUUCAGAGGCAUCUCUUGAGUUUGCAUCAAGCAGUUUGCGACGACAAAGUGAAUGUGACGGGAUAUUUCAUAUGGUCGUUGUUGGACAACUUCGAGUGGCAAGACGGAUACGAAACCCGGUUCGGGCUCUAUUACAUCGAUUUCAAGAACAACUUGACCCGACACGAGAAAGAAUCGGCCAAGUGGUACAAGAAUUUCCUCAGCAGAGAGAUAAUUCCAACGCCCGUUAAGGCAGAGCUCUGAGUCUGAUAUGGAUACUAAUAUUAUUAUUCUUGCUGUCGUUGAAGAUUUUCUCUGUAAAAUAACGUUUUUUUGAUGUUAAGACACAUGUUGGUUGCCUUCA